AGGCGUGGUAGUGGGCCUAUGAGUCAGCGCAGAGCCACACGAGAGCAGUAACGAUCUUUACUGACUCGCUCCAGCUGUUGCUCUUUAACAGGUAUGACCGGUGACGUCACUAAGGUGACACCCACCUCUCCUCCUCUCCGGUGUGUUGCAACGAAGCUCCGGCUCAGUUCCCGGUGGAGAUUUUUCUGGUUGGAAAUCUUUUGAGCUUCUUUCUUUCUGUCGCGACCAUGAAGCUUUCCGGCGGCUCUUUCAAACCUUCCUCCCUCUGAGAGGCCCGCAGGACUUUCAGCUUUCCUCAUCUAUUGGACAACAAGGGGAAGAAGUCCAUCCAUCUGUCCAAGAUGUCCUCCAGAAGUAAAAAGGACCAGUGCCAAAUAUGUGGCGGAGCUCUCCAGGGAAACCAACGGCGGUGGCUGUUUGGGGGCCAGAAUAAGAAAGCUGGUCAGCCUCAGACCCCAACAGGGUCCUUGAGAGGAGGGACCCGGUCCCAGUCAUCACAGAGCAGCUCCUGGGGCAGCACAUUAUCUCUUGGUUCCUCCGUUUCUCUCUCCAAGUCCCUGAUGUCCGUGAGCUCCCCCUCCAAGAGCGUGGAUCUGCUCACGGUGUUGACCCACAUACUGGGCCAGUCUGUACCACGGGGCGGCGGGCAGGGGGAGUUUAUAUGUGGCAAAUGCGUGUGCCUGCUAGAACGCGUGUUCAAGUUUGACACGGUCAUAGCCAGGGUGAGGGUGCUUUCGUCUGAGCGCCUUCAGAAGCUGACGCAGGAGAGGGAUAAAAUCAGACAGUGGGUGCGCCAAAACUACUGCCAUAGACAUCUGCAGGACUUUCAGAGCAGGAGCAGCACCAGCGAGGACGAAGGAGAGGUGGAGAAGGAAGGCUACAGGGAGAUGCUCAAGGAGAAUAUGGCGCUCUCAGAGUAUGAGUGCUGGUCAGAGAAGUGGGACACGUGUCCGUAUUUUAUCAGAACGGGGAAAAGAUGCAGAAAAGGGAAGGGGUGCGAAGGUUGCGAUUCCUUACGGGUGUCCGACUCUGAUUACGAGUCAGUUUGUGGGGUUCCUCGCCACAUGCCUUUCCAGCCCUUCUCCAGCUGUUUGUUCUCUUUCCUCCAGCUGCUCCAGGAGAAGGCGGCUGGCAGCUCCCUGCUGCAGAGCCUCGGCCUCUCCCUGCACAGCCGCGAGCGUCUGAUCCAGGAGUGCACGAGUCUGAUCAGCAGGCUGUGUGUGGAGGAGGGAGCGGGGACUGAGCUGGCCAACAAGCUGACUGAGAACUUGAGAGAGAUUAUCUCUGACAACAAGGCUGCACUGGAGGCUCUGAGGUCUGAAAUAACUGAAAAAGAGACGAGCACGGAGAAGGAGAUCGAGGCUCUGAGGAAGGCUGGACGAGACCGAGAGAGAGACUUGGACACCCUCAACACUGUGCUGCAGUGCAACCAGGACAUCAUCAGUACCCUGCAGGAAUACCAGGACAUGGUGCAGAGUCAGCAGGAGAGUCACAGUCGGACGGUGUCCUCUCUGACGGCUCGGCUCAGAGACGCUUGGCAGGAGCUGAGGGAGAAGGAGAAGGAGAAGAAGGAGGCGGACCGAGCGCUGCAGAACGACAGGGAGGACAGAGAGCGGGGCGAGAGGAGACUCAGGGACAGCCUGGAGAAGAGGGACAAACUCAUCGAGGUAAAGAAGCAAUUCGUGCCAUUCUGCAGCGUUUUAGGCAGCUACUCUGAACGCCUCAAAUAA